AUGCCGCAGCCGUGGCGGCUACCUCGGCAUGCUGACUGCUGCGGGCCACUCUCUGUGGCGUGCCACCCCUCUGGCUGCCCUCCUGCGUGGACCACCAGCUGCGGCGCCAGCACUGCUGUGGAGGACGUGGCUGGCUGGCUGGGUGGAGAGCUGGCUGCUGGUUGCGGCCCCGCCUCUGCAGGUCUCCUCUGGAGGCGGGCUGGCGGCUCCCCACCCAGCCAGUGGCCAGAUCAUUACCAUAACACCCAACUAGUGAAAUUUAAAACAUCACAUGGUGCUGAUGAUGAAUGCCCUAACCACUGUACACAAUACUACCUGUGUUUACAUACUGUGCUCAUGUGGCCAGGUGGGGCCCGCGGCGGCAGCUCGCCACAGCACUGCCCAGCCGACCCGUGCGCCGCUGCCCCACACAGGCGUCUUGCGCCCAGUGCUGGAGACUUCCGAACUUCCGCUGCGCCCGCCGUCAUAUUGAGCGCGCGCUCCCUGCGGCGCGCACUGCUUCUGUUUGCUCCCCAGUGUCGACAGCGGACAAUGCAGCCGGCGGGCGUAAUUGCCACAGUGGCAGCUCUGCUUGCAGCAAACGGGACCUACUCGGUGCUGGAGUGCGUCUGCUGGGACAUGGACAAACGCCCGGCGCUCAGUAUCGGUGGAUCUGUGCUAGACUGGCAGUACUGUCUCCAUCCCAAUUGGCCACCGGGGUUCGCAACGUGCGGCAGCCCGGAGCAGCCGCCCCCCGCGUGGUCAGCUGCGCAGCGCAUGGCAGCCCGCAUCUGGGACUCCGGACUGCCGCCGCCGCCAGCAGGUGGAGCGGUGGAGGGAGGGGGGUGCGCCGGCGCCCUGGCGCAGCUCCGCCGCCUCACGUCACGCGAAUCCGAGGAACUCGUCAAGCAGCUCGACUGCCGGAUCGCUGACGACUGUAUAGACUCCUGCUCUGUACCGAGGUUGAACAACAUGGAAUGGAACAUGACAACACUGCAAACGGAUGAUCUGAGGCAUCAUAUCCUGUCCCAGUCAGCGCAUGCUGUUCGGCGCAUCGAAAGAGCCACGGUCGGCAGGGUGAAUUGCGAGUGGUGGCGUCAGGUUUGGUUUCAGUGGAGGGAUAAACCUGAGCUGCAGGCCCAGGCGGCUGUUUUCCGGGAACGACUCUCCAGCUACUGGCGGGACUUGGCGCAGCUGCUCUCACUCGGUGCGACGCACGCCUCGCAGCUGUUGGUUCCCCUCGCAUUCGAAAGUAUGGGUAACCACGCAAGUGAUCAGCAACUCCACGGUUGGAUUAAGGACAUGGAACGUGUGAAAGACAUGCUGCGCACGAAAUUAACCGGAUGGGUACAGGACUUGCAAUUCGCCAGCAAACAGGUGGAGCACUACGAGGUGGAAGAAGACAAGGACGAGCUAGGGCACGUGAUAUUCAGGCGGCCGCUGUUGAGUGAACGCCUGCUGCGCUAUCAGCCGUGGAGCCCUUCCUUUGACGACGACUUCAGUGCGCUGUGCGAGGAGCGGCAGCCAGAGGCGUCGCAAAUGUUCAGUCUGGCUGACGAUCUGUACGCCCUCCAUCGUGUCUACUGGGUCACUGCAGCUGAGUACAUCGAUUCAUUCUACAAAGAUGGCUUCAAGGUUGUAGACGAGGAGUGGCAGCUGGAGGACAGAAGCCACGCUACGCUCUCCGUGAACACUGACUGCGUGCAGCUGUUGGUGAACGCCCUGGACCACCCCACGUGUCCGCUGGAAGACCUGCCACUGGAAGCCGUGAAGCAGCGCGAGCAGUGCCGCGAGCAGCUGUGGGACGACGUGGUGCAGAGGUCGCCCCACAUACCCGUCACCAGCUACCUGGCCUACACGCAGAGGAUAAACGUCAACCUCUGUCUGCUGGCCUGGAUGGCGGUCAACUCGUACGGCAUUUGUCAGGACGUCCCGUUUAGUAUGAUACAGUCGGUGCACGAUGCUCGCUGCUAUUUCGAUAGUCCCGACGAUCAAUCAUGUCUGCAGUCGAACGCUACAGACGCCAUCUGCUCUGUUUCCAGAGCUAUUCUGUUGCUAAAGUGUCGCGACUUUUCCUCCAUUAGGACUCCCCAUAAUUGUACGUUCACUAUUUUCGCAAUUAAAUUAUUGCGUAAUAGUAGCAGUGUACUGUAUCAAAAGCUAACAGAAGAAACACUGAACUACAAAAACAGUUUGAACAACGCCACCUUGAAAUACAAGGAUUUCAAAAUCGACAGCUUGAAGCCUUUAGAAAUCUCAUUUAUAUUGGUAAAUAUUAUUUUCCGUUUUUCGACUGCCGGAGUAUACAUGUACCUUCCCCAGUUACGUAACUUGCCUGGAAAGAUAUUCUUGUCCUUUCAGAUCACGUGCAUAACCCAGAUCCUGUGUUCUGAGGUGGUGUAUCGUAUGGCAGGCGUCCCUGACUUACCUACAGCAGUGUUGAUAGACAGCGCCCUCACACUUCUCAGCUGUAUCUGGCUGAACUCAUUCUGCUACCAGAUGUAUGCUUGUGUUCGCCAUCUCAGGCUUCCUAACCAGCUACUACCUGCUGAAGUAAGCCAGUUAUUCUGUCGUGAGGUGCUGUGUGUGCUUAUACCGUGGAGUACAGUAUGUGUGGCAGCUGUUGCUUUGGAAAAGACGAGUAAAUAUUACCUGAUCUACAGUCGCAUAGUAGUCCUUGCAGGGAUUUCAGUGUCUGUGGCAUUCAAUUUCAUUUGUCUCGGACUGCUUGGAUACAUGUACCUACGUACUAGGUGCUCCAUGCGGCAACUCAAAAUUGUUGAUAACAACAAAUUUGCCUCAAAGAAGCAAUGUCUUUUUAUGUCAGUUAAAGCCAUUAUAUUAAGUGGAAUAGGAAUUAUUAUUAGAAUUGGGUUCCACCAAGCUCAGGGAAUAGCGCAGUUAGUGUACUAUAUACAUCUAGCUACGAUGGUGCAAGGACCAGUGCUCUUCGUCUGUUUCAUUUGCAAUGGAACGACGCUCCCCAUACUGAAGAACAGGAUACUUCUUUGGUGGAACCCAACCAACAUCCCUACAGAUCUAGAGCUGUGUUCGGCAGCCGAGAGGAAUCUGGCCAGGAGAAACAAUGAACAGUCUCCCUUUUCAGAAUCCUCGCUGUAGCCUCCUUCAGUAUUUUUCGCAAAUAACUGUCUCCACACUACACUGCAUUAAGCCCAGCAGUAAAAAUGGACUCUACCUGGUAUGACAAUAUUAAAUGUCAUUAAAUCUCAUAUCGUACA